AUGGAGAUUGAGCCUUACUGUGGUAGACUUCGCAUCACUUCCAAGGAGCCCAUGACGGCUUGCAUGACUCUACGGUGGUGUCUGUUGUCACCUUUGGUUGGAGCAGAUGUUAAUGAACGAUUGGUGCUAAACCGGAACAACCAGCUAUCAUUGGACUACAGCAAGAAAUCCAAGUUGGAGUUUGCCAUAUACCCGGCUACCCAGGUGUCCACUGCAGUGGAGGAGCCCUACAACGCCAGUGCCCUCCACACCACCUUGGAGCACUCUGAUUGUGCCUUCAUGGUGGACAACGAGGCCAUCUACAACAUCUGUCGCUGCAACAAGAACAUAGAGACCCCUGGUUACAUCAACCUCAACAGGCUGAUCGGUUAAAUUGUUUCCUCAAUUACCGCCUCGCUUCGCUUUGAUGCUGCCUUCAAUGGUUAUCUGACGGAGUUCCAGACCAGCCUGGUCCCUUUUCCAUGUGUCCACUUCCUGCUGGUUACUUACUCGCCCAUCAUCUCAGCUGAGAAGGCCUACCAUGAGCAGCUGAGCAUGGCAGAGAUCACCAGCUCUUGCUUCGAACCGACCAAUCAGAUGGUCUAGUGUGAUCCUUGUCAUGAAAAGUAUAUGGAAUGAUGCAUGAUGUAAGGCGACGUUGUCCUGAAGGAUGUCAAUGCUGCCACAGCUAAUAUAAAGACCAGGCGCUCUAUCCAGUUUGUUGACUGGUGUCCCACAGGCUUUAAGGUCAGCAUUAUUUACCAGCGUCCCACUGCGAUGCUCGGCAGAGGGCAGUGCAUGCUGAGCAACACCCCCACGAUAGCUGAGGCCUGGUCCCGCCUCAACCACAAGUUCGACUUCAUGUAUGCCAAACGAGCGUUCAUCCACUGGUACUUUGGCGAAGGCAUGGAGGAGGGGGAGAUUACAGAAGCCAGAGAAGACAAGGCCUGUUUGGAGAAAGAUUAAGAAGAACUGGGUCAGCUGAACUCUGAAGACAAGGAUGAAGAAGUCUGAAAUUUAGUAUCUGGAUUUUUUUUAUGUUUUCCUAAAAGGACAGAGUUAGAAACUUCUUAUUUCAUUUUUUUUUCUUACUUAGCCUGUUGUUUUCAGAGGCAAAAUUGAAACUGGACUUGAAUUUUACUUUGAAAUUAAAGGGAAUUAAUUUG